UUCAGCCAGCCAGCAGCAUUUAACAGAAAACCCACAAGGGGAUCUCAUCUUACUGCCUCUUAGCUCUCACGCUCUUUUAAGAUGAUGGCCCCAAUGCAGCAGAAUGGGACACAUAUAGAACUCGACCCCCCAGAUUCCAGGAAAAGACCGCUAGAAGCGCCCAUCGAUGCAGGCAGCACCAAGCGGACUAACACAGGAGAAGAAGGCGAAUUUUUCCUGAAGGUUUUGAUCCCUAGUUAUGCUGCCGGAUCUAUAAUCGGGAAAGGGGGGCAAACAAUAGUCCAGCUUCAGAAGGAGACCGGCGCCACCAUCAAACUCUCCAAAUCCAAAGACUUCUACCCAGGCACCACAGAACGGGUAUGUCUGAUCCAAGGGACGGUGGAAGCUCUGAAUGCAGUGCACGAUUUCAUAGCGGAAAAGGUCCGAGAAAUGCCACAGAAUGUGGGCAAGUCUGAGCCAGUCAACAUACUCCAACCUCAGACCAACGUGAACCCAGACCGCGUCAAGCAAGCGAAGUUGAUUGUUCCAAACAGUACAGCGGGACUCAUCAUCGGGAAAGGGGGAGCCACAGUGAAGGCAAUGAUGGAGCAGUCCGGGGCCUGGGUCCAGCUGUCCCAGAAGCCGGAAGGAAUUAACCUGCAGGAGCGAGUGGUGACGGUGAGCGGCGAGGCGGAGCAGAACCGCAAGGCGGUGGAGCUGAUUGUCCAGAAGAUUCAGGAGGACCCGCAGAGCGGCAGCUGCCUCAACAUCAGCUACGCCAACAUCUCGGGUCCCGUCGCCAACUCCAACCCCACCGGCUCCCCUUACGCCAACUCGACUGAGGUGCUGCCGGCCGCGGCCUCGGCAGCGGGGCUGCUGGGACAUGCCAACCUGGCUGGCGUGGCAGGCUUCACCACCGGCCUGUCCAGCUUCACCGGCAAUGACCUCCUGGCCAUCAGCUCGGCGCUCAACACCCUGGCCAGCUACGGAUACAACACCAACUCCCUCGGCCUGGGCCUCAACCCAGCAACCGCUACCGGCGUCCUGGCUGCCGUGGCAGCUAGUGCCAACCCGGCGGCAGCCGCCGCUGCCAACCUCUUGGCCUCCUACGCCAAUGAAGCCUCAGCUGGCAGCAACACCCCCGGAAGCACGGUGGGCACCUUCUCCCUGGGCUCCUUGGCCGCUGCCACCAAUGGCUACUUCGGCGCAGCCUCACCGCUGGCGGCCGGCUCCAUCCUGGCCACAGAGAAGCUGGGCGAGGGCUCCAAGGAUGUGGUGGAGAUUGCGGUGCCAGAGAACCUGGUGGGUGCCAUUUUGGGAAAAGGCGGGAAGACGCUAGUCGAGUACCAGGAGUUGACUGGCGCCCGGAUUCAGAUCUCCAAAAAGGGGGAGUUUAUUCCUGGCACCAGGAACCGCAAGGUGACGAUCACGGGGACAGCGGCGGCAACUCAAGCGGCGCAGUAUUUAAUCAGCCAGCGGAUCACCUACGAGCAGGGGGUCCGCGCGGCAAACCUCCAGAAAGUUGGUUAAAAAAAGCUGCGAAACAGAAAGACAGGU